ACUGAACGCUGCCGAAGGACGGAUGACGUCAUGUGUGAAAAGAGGAGGAAGACAUUAGGCCGAUACAAAUGGCGACUACGUGAAAUGUCGUGAGGGGUGACUUAAAUGGACAUCACCCAAACGUGAUAUUUUAAAAAAUUAUUACAAAUUGUGUAUUUCUUGUGUUAUUGGAGUGUUAUACACUUUUGAAAUUCAAAAAUGGCGGCAAAUAUGUAUCGAGUUGGAGAUUAUGUCUUUUUCGAAACUGCAUCUACAGCUCCAUACCAGAUAAGGAGAAUUGAAGAACUGAAUAAGACACCAAAUGGCAAUGUGGAAGCAAAGGUUAUGUGCUUCUAUAGAAGAAGAGAUAUUUCCAGCUCACUUACUUUAUUGGCUGAUAAACAUCAAAAUGGCUCUAUGGAGGAGGAAAUGGAAAAGGAAGAGAUCGACCAGGAAGUAUCUGACAAACACAGGCACCAACUAAAACAUCGAGAACUGUUCCUGUCUCGACAAGUUGAGACAUUGCCGGCAACACAUAUACGAGGGAAAUGUUCCGUCACCUUACUAAAUGAGACAGAGUCUUUGACGUCAUACUUAGAUCGAGAAGACACAUUUUUCUACUCACUGGUCUACGAUCCUCAACAGAAGACCCUACUUGCAGAUAAAGGCGAGAUUCGUGUGGGUCCCAAAUACCAGUGUGAUAUACAGCCAUUACUUCGGGAAGGUGAGAGUGAUGGACGAUGUGUAGAGGAACUAGAAGAUUUGAUAUGGGAUCCAGAAUGCAGUCUGUCCGACAGACAGAUAGACCAGUUUUUAGUCAUUGCAAGGUCUGUGGGUACUUUCGCUCGUGCUCUGGACUGCACGAGUACCGUUCGUCAACCUAGUCUACAUAUGAGCUCAGCUGCAGCCAGUAGAGAUAUUACAUUGUUCAAUGCGAUGCACACAUUACACCGUAGCGGUUACGACAUUGGCAAGGCCAUAGGUAGCCUAGUGCCCCCAGGGGGCCCAGUACUGUGUCGGGAUGAGAUGGAGGAGUGGUCAGCGUCAGAGGCCAACCUGUUUGAGGAGGCCCUCGAUAAAUACGGGAAAGACUUCAUUGAUAUCAGACAUGACUUUUUACCUUGGAAAUCCAUAAAAAGUAUUAUUGAAUAUUACUACAUGUGGAAGACAACAGACAGAUACGUACAGCAGAAGCGUAUCAAAGCUGCUGAGGCAGAGAGCAAACUCAAACAAGUCUACAUUCCAAACUACAACAAACCUAAUCCAGCGGCAAUCAAUGGCAAAAUCAAUGGUAUAGAUGGACAGGUGUCGGGUCGAGCCUGUGAAAGCUGCUAUGCUGCCCACUCCGGCCAGUGGUAUUCCUGGGGCCCGACUCACAUGCAGUGCCGAUUGUGUUCAUCCUGUUGGAUCUACUGGAAGAAGUACGGAGGCUUGAAGAUGCCCACCCGGCUUGAUGGUGAAAGGCCAGCACCAGCGCAAAGGCAAGAAAGGGUAGCUCAAAACAACUUGCUGCGUCUUCAUAGGUGCACAAUCACAGGUUGUGGAAAGGAGUUCAGAUUAAAAACUCAUCUAGCCCGCCACCUGGCCACAGCCCACGGGCUUGCAAUUAGGGCAGGAAGCCCACGCCCUGUUAUGAAGACCCGCGCUGCGUUCUGUCUCGUUACCAGCGCGCUCACUCGAAUCUCGAGGUACCUAUGCAAGGAUCUCCUGCGACCGCGCCACUCAGCCCGGGCUCCCUUCAUACCCAUAAAUGUCGCAGUCAUCAAACAAGAAUGUCAGGCAAGAUUAUCUGAGAAGGGAGGCAACUACAAGUUGCCAAAGCAUUUAACAGCCAGGACCCGCAUACAGCCAGUGGUCGGACGGCUUGGCAUAGACGUGAACCAGCAGAAACCGGCCAUCCUGGAGCGCCCCAAUGGGCCUGCAAAACAGCCAGACAAGCUAAUGUUCCCACCCCUCUCACCAUCCAAACGAAUGCAGUUUCUCGAGCUAAAUUCACUCGCUAAUUCGGAUGUGAAUAUUUCAGAGAAGGGCAUGGACUCUGUGAAUAAGUCUCCUAAUACUGGGCCUUCAAUAAUGAAAAAGAGAGGCUAUGAGCAUAGCAAUGGCAUAGAUUCUGCUCCAUCAGCCAAGCGACCCAACAUGGGCAUCCUGAGACAGCAGGCUAAUCUAGUCAUGAGGCCGCAGAUGCGUCCUGGUAUGCUUAACCAUCAGAUGAAUGGGCGAGGUCGCAUGCUCCCUAAGGGCCUCAAGGGUAUGCAGAUGUUCAGCUGGAUAGAUGCGCCCGAUGAUGUGUACUUCAUUUCUACCAACAACACAAAGAAGCUUCGGAAGCAGUUACCUAACACAGAGUUCAAAAGGGCUGCUCGCAAUCCAUGGAGGUCGCUGCAAGUGAAGCCUCCACUCGGAGAAGACGUUGUGGUUCUGGAAUAGUCAUGACUUUGACCUCUGCAAACUGGACACAGCCUGGUGUUGACCUCGACCUUGACCCUUGGGGAUAUUUAGGGUGUGACUCAUCAGUGAUCAAGGCCUCUUGGAACCUGUUAAGUAGGCAUUGGGGCAAACUUGGGUGCCAAAAUCACAAUCCUCACUUCGUCAUAGACAUUUACAUUCAGAGUUUGAAUAUAAUAGCUUUUUUGCUGCAAACUAAAUAACUCCUGGAUGGAAAUGACAUAAAAUAAUUAUGUAUUCUGUAGAUAAAUGAAAUUUGUGCAUUUCAAAUCCAUUCAGAAAACAAAACUGUUUUCAGAGAUGAACAUCAUAGCCACAUAAUGCACAAAUGGGUGUAGGCUGUAAGUUAUAAAGUGACAAACAGUUACAUGGUCUCAAACGCGGGCAGGGUAGCUCCUUUCCAGACUGUGCAGAUGCGCAGGCUUGGCUGGUGCUAGCCUGGUGGCAUAUGUCAUAAGAGCCAUUUUCACAUUGCUCUGUUCAUGUUCAAAAUGCUCUGAUUGAAUAAGCUGCUUCUGCCUCAUAGUAUUUACAGUUAACCCUUUGCAUGCUGGGAAAUUGUCUUCUGCUAAAAUGUCGUCUGCUGAAUUUCUAAAAUUAGCAUAUUCUUCGAUUUUUUUCAAAGAAUACUAUCAGAAUAGCAAACAGUUUGGAUCCUGAUGAGACGCCACAUUCUGUGGCGUCUCAUCUGGAUCCAAACUGUUUGCAAAGGCCUUCAAAAUUUGGUUCCCGCACUGAAAGGGUUAAAAGCUUGAAUAUGGUUUUCUACAUAAGCACAAACCCAUGUGAAAAGAUGAUGCUUGCAUAUAUAUGAGACUUGAUUAUGUCAAACCAUAUCUGAGUUGGUUGUGGGCUAAGUUACAUAUUCGUUUAGUAUUUAAAUGAUAAAUCUGUAAAUAGUAUUGCAUGAUUUGUGCGUUUUGCUAGCAGGUAUUUGAAUCCUUUUUUUUGGCUUUCAAAUAACGUGUUUUAGUUAUUCAUCAAAAACUGCCCUUGUCUCUUAUUUAAAAUAUUUUUGAUCAAUGAGUCUGUAUUCUGACAUGUAAAAUAAAUAUUUGUUCAAUGCAACAUUAUUGAACUUAUAAGUAAUUAGAUCAACGUUUAUCAGAUACAUAGGAUCCAACAUAUCAAUUCUACCUUCAAUUAUGCUUAAUUUCUUUUUCCAAAUAUAUUAUUAGCCUUUGCUUUAAUAAACUUUUAAGUUGUUCCUUGGUGAACACAGCAUGUUUUUUAUCAUGAAAUUUUGUGUAUGAAUUGAUUUGAAUCAUGUUGAAAACAAACAAAGAAUAACCUAACAAAUUCUUAGAAUCAAAUUUAAGAUGAUGGCUUUUAUAUUAUCAAAUGUUUUUCUGUUGACAACCAAAUGUGCCAAUAUAUGUUGUGAGUUAUAAUUUGAAAUCAAAAACAAGAUGCUUAUACAGUGUACUAACACUUGUAUUUUUACCCUCACACUUUGUCAACUACUAGUAACACUGACUUUACAUAGCUGUAUCCAUCUAAACAUAGUGAGUGUAAGGAAAUAAUGUUACAUUGUCUAUAUGAGCCUUGUUCUGAGAAAAUUGGGCAAAAUGCAUGUGCGUAAAGUGUUGUCCCAGAUUAGCCUGUGCAGUCCGCACAGGCUAAUCAGGGACGACACUUUCCGCUUUAAUGGUAUUUUUCGUUUAAAGGAAGUCUCUUUUUACCGAAAAUCUAGUUUAAGCGGAAAGUGUCAUUCCUGAUAAGCCUGUGCGGACUGCACUGGCUGAUCUGGGAUGACACUUUACGCACAUGCAAUAAGCCCAGUUUUAUCAGAACGUGGCUCAUAUAGCUACCACUGUGUGUUGGAGUGACUGCAGCUAGAAUCAGUUCAGUUCUUAGAAGGGAUGUAGUGUUGUUUCCUGAUUUUCAUACGUAAAUGAGGAGUAUAUAUGGUAUAUAUGCACUUUAUUAUACCUCACAGGACUUUCCCAUGUAUGAUUUCCAUUAACUAAUGCCUGCCAUGAGGUUAAAAAGAAUUAUGUCCCAAUCAUGCUACAAAUUUAAAUAUACCGGAGUGUAGGGCUAAAAGUAGUAGAAUGGAUUUAAAGAAAUCGGUUCCAGCUCAUUAUCUUUAGUCGCGUACUUAAUUAUAUAAAACAAAGUUGACGAGUCCUUGAUUUUCAUAUGAAAUGUGAAGUUCCACUUGGUUGUUAUGUGGAGUACAGCCUUGUUUGUUUGGUAUAAGAAAAUUGACAUCAUAUGCAUCUUUUGGGAUACAGUUUAUUUUAUCCCCCCUUGAAAGAGGUUUCCACUUAGGUUGCAUGAGACAUUACUGUCUGCAGGGCGCAAUAUUAACUAUACCUCUCAACUGCCUUCAAUAUUUAUAUCAUAUAUUACAAUAUCAACUACAUAUUAAUACACAAUAUCGGGGCCAAAAGAGACUAAAAGCGUGUAAACUCUGAGAAAAUGGUUGACUACUCUAGGAGUUGGGCUGACGCGACAUACAUGCCAAACUUGGUUGACCAGUUGUUGUACAUAGAUUUUGAUGUUGUUGGAUAUUUACUUUGACAAAAGAAAUUUAGGUAUCCUUAUUGGUAAGGUUUGUAUUAUACCUGCCUUGAUUUAGCAUAUAUGUUUCCAUUACAAACAAUGACAGGAUAUUGAUAAUUUGAUAGAUUGUGUACUUAUUUAUUUUUCCACGCCCGAUGUUAAUAUUGUGAUCGUUUUUCAUUCUGUUCGUUGGGCUGAAGAUUUGAAGAUUUGAUAUAAAGUUGUGUACUUUUUUCAAUUUAAUUUUGAUUAUCUGCCCUCAUACUUCAAAUAAUUGUUGCAGGUUAAAAGAAAUAACUUAUUCUGGGAUCAUUAUUAACACAUUAAACGCACAAAUGUGUUUAUACUGUUUAUGGUGUUUGCCUAUGGACUCACUUGCCAUGUUGAUAUUUCGCUGAUAGCUGAGCUGUCGUUUGUUGAUUGUAUAUGUGACCUACAUUUUCAUCGUAUCGCCUUUUUGGUGCAAAGACAGUCAAUGUUUGACUGGGACGUGUAUUCAUGUCUGCUUUGUACCUGUGUGCGAGAUAUAGAGUCAUGUUCUGAGAUAACUGGGCAUAAUGCAUGUGCGUAAAGUGUCGUCCCAGAUUAACCUAUGCAGUCCGCACAGGCCAAUCAGGGACGACACUUUCCGCCAAAAUUGAAUUUUUGCUAAAGAGUCUUUAAACGAAAAAUGUCAUAAAAGCGGAAAGUGUCGUCCCUUACUUGCCUGUGCGGAUUGCAGAGGCUAAUCCAGGACGACACUUUACGCACAUGCAUUAAGCCCAGUGUUCUCAGAAUGUGACUUAAAAUGGGCAGGGUGUGUUACGAUAGUUCCAGAGUAGAUGGACAGCUCCCAUAAGUGAGCAGUGUUAGGUUUUCUGUUUAAUGACUACACAAUUGAAUGAAUAUGUUUGAUGACUGAAAGAACAAGCUCUUUAUUGUUAAUAAAAUUUCAUAGGCUACUGGUUAGUGUUUCAAAAAUAUGUACAAAUCAAAUGAAUGAAAAAUAUACAUUCAAUUUUAUAGAAAGUUUAGUAGAAACAACCCAUGUAUUAUGUAUCACGUCAUAAAUGCCAUAUUGUUUUAUAAUGUAGUUGACACUAAAUGAACUAUAUAAAAGUAUUUAUCGUGAUACUAAAAUUUAUAGAAUAAAGUUCGAAAUAACACAUAACAAUAAUGGACUGCCUGAAUCUGGAACUAUGGAGAGCAAUACCCCGCCCUUUAGACAUUCUAAUCCUGGUGUCAUUAUUUAUUUGAUGUCUCAUUGAGAAUGAUAACAGUGUAAUAUACCAUGUUUCUACGA